GACCCCAGACACCAUUUCAAUCAAGGUUGAAGAGGAUAUUGGUGGAGGCAUGCCCGCCGUAGAAGACGGCAGUGACAUUAGAGACCGCAGCACGCAGCGCGGCGCCACCUCGGAGAGUCUGCGUGUGGACGCCCCUGGCUCCUCCCACAUGGCCAGUCACAGCUGGGAGCUGCGCAUCCUGAGCGUCUACGGACAAGGGCAGGGCCCUCUGGCGGUGGACGGCCAUGACAACCUCCUCGCUGCGUCAGAACCGGAGGCCUUGAGCUCGCUGUCCGCUGACCACAGCGUGGCCAAGAGCCUGAACUGCAGCGUACGGCUCGUCCGCCUUGAGGAGCUGACUGGGCAUCAGGGCGGCCGUAAGGGCCGGCCCGGUGUCUUGUGCGGAAAGGUUAUUCCCAACAAUGCCAAUAUGAUCGUCCACAUGAGGAACCACGCGGACGAGGAGCAGUACGGGUGCGACCAAUGCAUGAGGCGCUUCAAAUGGCAAUGCUCCCUGACGAUCCACAUGAGGACUCACUCUGGGGAGAAGCCCUACAAGUGUGACCAAUGCACGAAGCGCUUCGGUCUGAGAGGCCUUCUGAACACCCACAUGAGGAUUCACUCUGGGGAGAAGCCCUACAAGUGUGACCGAUGCACGAAGCGCUACCGUAAGAAAUGUCACCUGAAGCUCCACAUGAUGACUCACUCCGGGGAGAAUCCCUACGAGUGUGACCAAUGCACGAAGCAAUUCUUUUCGAAAAACCAACUGAAGAUCCAUAUGAGGACUCACUCCGACGAGAAGCCCUACCUGUGUGACCAAUGCAUGAAGCGCUUCGGUCGGACAACACAGCUGAAGCGCCAUCUGAUGACUCACUCCGGGGAGCAGCCCUACAAGUGUGACCAAUGCAAGAAGCGCUUCAGUCGGAAAGGCAACCUGAAGAUCCAUAUGAGGACUCACUCCGACGAGAAGCCCUACAUGUGUGACCAAUGCACGACGCGCUUCAAAGAUCGAUGCAGCCUGAAGCGCCACAUGAUGACUCACUCCGGCGAGAAGCCCUACAAGUGUGACCAAUGCAUGAAGCGCUUCGGUCGGACAACACAGCUGAAGCGCCAUCUGAUGACUCACCGCAGGGAGAAGCCCUACAGGUGUGACCAAUGCACGAAGCGCUUCAGUUUGGAAACCGACCUGAAGAUCCACAUGAGGACUCAUGCUGGGGAGAAGCUCUAUGGGUGUGACCAAUGCACAAAGCGCUUCCAACAUCAAGGCGGCCUAAAGAUCCACAUUAGGACUCACUCCGGCCGGACAACACAGCUGAAGCACCAUCUGAUGACUCACUCCGGGGAGCAGCCCUACAAGUGUGACCAAUGCAAGAAGCGCUUCAGUCGGAAAGGCAACCUGAAGAUCCAUAUGACGACUCACUCCGACGAGAAGCCCUACAUGUGUGACCAAUGCACGACGCGCUUCAAAGAUCGAUGCAGCCUGAAGCGCCACAUGAUGACUCACUCCGGCGAGAAGCCCUACAAGUGUGACCAAUGCAUGAAGCGCUUCGGUCGGACAACACAGCUUAAGCGCCAUCUGAUGACUCACCGCAGGGAGAAGCCCUACAAGUGUGACCAAUGCACGAAGCGCUUCAGUUUGGAAACCGACCUGAAGAUCCACAUGAGGACUCAUGCUGGGGAGAAGCUCUAUGGGUGUGACCAAUGCACAAAGCGCUUCAAACAUCAAGGCAGCCUGAAGAUCCACAUUAGGACUCACUCCGGCCGGACAACACAGCUGAAGCGCCAUCUGAUGACUCACUCCGGGGAGCAGCCCUACAAGUGUGACCAAUGCAAGAAACGCUUCAGUCGGAAAGGCAACCUGAAGAUCCAUAUGAGGACUCACUCCGACGAGAAGCCCUACAUGUGUGACCAAUGCACGACGCGCUUCAAAGAUCGAUGCAGCCUGAAGCGCCACAUGAUGACUCACUCCGGCGAGAAGCCCUACAAGUGUGACCAAUGCAUGAAGCGCUUCGGUCGGACAACACAGCUGAAGCGCCAUCUUAUGACUCACCGCAGGGAGAAGCUCUAUGGGUGUGACCAAUGCACGAAGCGCUUCCAACAUCAAGGCAGCCUGAAGAUCCACAUUAGGACUCACUCCGGCGAGAAACCCUACAAGUGUGACCAAUGCACAAAGCGCUACAGUCAUUGCUCUGCCCUGAAGACCCACAUGAGGACUCACCCCCGUUAAGAAGCCCUGCAUGUGUGUGCAGAACAAAGCCAGUUGCAGCCAGGGCUGGUGAUUGCUAUAAGCGAACGAGGAGAUUGCCUAGAGCGACAAAUUUCUUGGGGGUGCCCUCUAGUGGUGCCCUUAAUUCCCACUGAUCAAAGAAUUAGACCAAGCUAAAUAAAACAGUUUAUUCACCAUG